UAUCCACUCUGUAGUAGGGGAGUGAAGCAAAGAACGAUGACAACAGCGCUGAGAAAUGCAUUCUUCACGCUCACCCUUCAAAUACCUCAUCGUUCCCUCUCUCUCGUACACACUCACACUCCUUCUCUCCUCUUUUUCCGAAACCCUCUUUCCCAUUCAACCCUAGCUUCCAAAACCACCAACCCUCCUUCUCCUUCUCCUGCUCCUUCUUUCGAAACCGAGCUCUUCGUUCCUCCGGGCGUUGAACCCGGUGAGGUGAAUGACUCCAUGAUCCUACCAGGAUCCAACAUCGUCGUCGGACCCUACGCCGGCGAUUCUCGCAUCAAGGAAGUAGCGUUCGUGAAGAGCAGUGGUCGCGCCAAGGAUUGCCCCGCCGAUGACCGACCCGAAUUCGCCAUUCUGGGUCGAUCCAAUGUGGGCAAAUCUUCCCUCAUCAAUUCCCUUGUUCGCAAGAAAGAAAUUGCACUCACUUCUAAGAAACCAGGGAAGACGCAGCUUAUUAAUCACUUCUUGGUUAACAAAAGCUGGUACCUUGUGGACUUGCCUGGUUAUGGCUUUGCUAAAGCACCUGAUGCUGCUAAAACUGAUUGGUCCUCAUUCACAAAAGGGUACUUUUUGAACAGAAAUUCUCUGGUGGCUGUCUUGCUUCUCAUUGACGCAAGUGUUCCACCACAAAAGAUUGACUUGGAUUGUGCAAAUUGGCUUGGACGCAACAAUAUACCAAUCACUUUUGUUUUCACAAAGUGUGAUAAAAUGAAGGUGGCAAAGGGUAAACGACCUGAUGAGAACAUAAGGGAUUUUCAAGAGUUAAUCAGACAAAACUACAAGCAACAUCCCCCAUGGAUUAUGACCAGCAGUGUCACUGGACUGGGCAGAGAUGGACUUCUCUUGCAUAUGUCUCAAUUAAGAAACUACUGGGAUCAGUAGGAGAAAAGCUCAGAACUGAGCAAGAUGUGUCUAUCUAUGAAAAGAACAUGCCUUGCAGGAGCAAAUUUGAAAUUACAACAGAUGCAACUGUAUAGAAGAAUCGUAUGAAAAAGCUAUGGGUCGGGACGGCCCAUAAAAUUUCAGCUGGAUCUUUCAUCAGGGUCUUUGUUCUCCUUGAACUUCAACCAGAUAUAUAACUUAUCUUACAUGAGAAUCAAGUUUGAGUGGUUUAUGGAUGCUGAAUUUCCAUAUACUGACCGAGUGUUAGGACUAACGGUCAUGUUUUAUGCCCAUGGGUGUAAAACAACAUCACAGGAAAUGUCGUAUGCUUUCAACAGGGAUAUGGUUUUUUGCAGGCUUUAUUUAUCGUGUGGUUGCCCGAAUGCAUGUUUUGGCAUACCAUCGCACAUCGCACAUCGCUUUGGCUUUUAUUUUAGAUUUUCAGGAGCAAAAAUGCAUCUUUUGCAAUACUUCAACAUUUUAGAUCCUUUGAUGUAAUUUUUGAGGAUGAGAUAAAUAAUGCUGCUGGAAGUGUCAUUAUUCCUUUAUUGGGUCUCAGAUUUAGCUUUAUAAGAGUGCAUAUGUUUGUUUCACGUCCCGUUCUUUUUAGAUUAUUACCAUUUCAGUUUGUCCGAACGUUUUGGUACUGCUACUUGCGCAGGAAGUGUUCUCCGUUGUUAUAUCUCUUUCUCCCACAAUUUACUCUCUACUUUUAAAUAUCAGGUGGGUCAUGUCCCACUUGUUUUAUUCCUCAGUGUAUGGUUUAGAACCUUGCAAAGUACCUAUAAUUGUGACAAUAGUGGUUAAUUCGUGAAUUGAGUUUAGACACCCCCUUCACAUUCAUAGAGGUCAUAAUAAGCCUUUCCUAGAAAGACAAGGGAAAAGAUUGGUAUAUUCUUAAAAACUUAAGACGUCGUAGGACCAGAAGUGUGUACUUUUUAAAAACAAAGUGAUUUAUGCUAAAAGCUAUAUUUUGAGAACUAAAAUUUGUAUAUUUCAUGGAUGUUACGAAACACGUGUUAAAGGUAAGUUGGCAGUCUGUUUUACACAUCAACACUUUAUAUCUAUGAUUUUGACUUGUCAAUAAUUAAGAUACAUCCUUGAUAACAGCAUAGAUCAAGUGUUCACUUAUAAAAAACAAAGGGCACAAACUAGAAUCCAAGUUCUGGAGUUACUUAAACUAAAUAGUAAUGUAUUCAUAGGAAUGCCUACUUUUUAAUACACGUUCGAUUCCAUUUUCGUUUGUGUUUACAGAGGACUGAAUAUGGAAUCCAUUUCCAUUCAGCUA